CGUGAUUUCCUUUCCGAAUUAUUUCUCGUUUCUUCGAGCGUGACUGAGCUUUUAUUGGUAUGCAAAUUAUGCUCAAGUAGUUUAUAGAUUGGCUGAGCAACCCUUUGUAGUAAGUGGUCAAUCUUACGGUUCUCACGGGAGCUGCCUGCGUAUGUGUUAAAAUUAGAUGCGGAACGACAUAGCAAACACAAAUGACUGUUCUCGUCGAAGGAAAAUACGACCACAUGCUACAACUUCCUCGCGAUUGACAAACGUCGUAAAUGACAGCACUGUCAAAGCAGCAGAGCACAACCUACCAGUAUGUCAGACUCAAAGGAAGCCCAUUCAUCGAACCAAGGGUCGAUUGCUCCAACGAAUGAUCGUGAAAUCUCACAUGAUCCUGUCAAAGGCACUUACGAUAGCGAAAUAAGAAGAGAGAAAACAGAUUAUGUUUCCAAGACAUCUAAUGCUACGACUACAGAAGAAACGAUUAGGGUUACAGUCGAGGAGUUUCCGGCCGAUGAAGAUUUCAAAACACGAUUCUUCGAAGCACAAGACAGGCUAGGAGAGCUUGAACAGGAGUUAAGAAAUACUCGCGAGAAACUACGCAACCUCGAGAACGCCUGUGAAAAUACCGAGGAGAAGAUCGGCGUAUUGAAAAACGCAGCGUAUUCUUAUCACAGGACUUUCUCAGAGCAUGAAGUAACGAUCAAAACGGUUGUGGAGGAAAAUAAUCAUUUAAAAAUCAACAUUGAAAAGCUCGAGGCGACAAUUCGUGGCUAUAAAGAAGAACAGGAGAAAGCCGACGAAAUUGAAAAGGAUAACGAAAAUCUCAAAGAUCAGCUUGAUGAGAGGAGAAAAGAAAACGAUGAUUUGGUAAGGCAGCUCGAAAAAUUGCAAGUGGAGGUAAACGAUUUGCGUGACAGCAACGGCGACGACAAAAUAUGUAAAUACUGUGGUCGGGGUGACAAUAUCCUGCUGGAAAUGGAGUCUUUAAAGCUCAAAUACGAAGACAUCGAAACGGAAAAUGAUCAUCUGCUGAAAGAAAAAGAAGAAUUGCGAGUCGAAGUGGAUGAUCUUGAACGGCGAUUGAAGGACUUGCAAAUUAAGUUGUCGGCCGAUGACGACAUUAUUGAGGAGAUGAAACAACAGAUUGUGGAGUAUCACGUGCAGAUUCAGCAGUCAGAAGAAAACUGCGACAACAGCCGAACGAGGAAUAUCGAGCUUGAGAAAGAAAUGUCCUUACUGCGAGGCCUUGUCGCCGAGUUGGAAAGUAGUUUAGAGGCAGAGAAAGAUAGCCGUGAAAGUUUGUUCCGCGAAGGCACCAACAGGCUCGAGAUUCAAAACAAGAAGAUAACACAGCUGGAGAUGAAUCUUAAAGAAGUCUGCAAAGAAAAGGAACUCCUCUACCUACAGUUCGUGGAUAGUAAGAACAAAGCCGAAAUGGACUCCAAGCAAUGCACCAAGCAACUUAACGAAACCCAUGUCCGCGCUGAGCUAUUCCGGAAAGAGGUCUCUGAUAAGGAAAAGACGAUUCUGGCACUGAAGGCUGAGAACGAAGAGUUGAGAGAUGAUAUUGCUUUACUACAGAAGCAACUAGAAGACCUUCAAGAUCGCGACCUGUCGAGGUUUGCGGAGGACCUCGACAAGCCGGACGGAAAUGAUGACGACGAACUAAGUAAAUUAAGAGAGGAAAACGAAGAGAUUACACAAGAACUGGAGCAACUAAGAGAUGAGGUGAUUUCUUUACAGAGCGAACUGGCUGAGAGAUACAUAGAGGAAGAAAAACCUAAGGACGAAGAUUCAGAUGAAAUUGUGGUGGAGCACCUUCAAGUUGUCCAGAGAGUUCCACUGGCACCUAAUGAGGAUGAUUUGAGUGAUUUCGAUGACUUUGAAGAGCAUAUAGUUGCGGUUGGAGAAACUCCUAACCUUGCUGUUGUUCCAAAGGAAUCUGGAGAUUCAUGGUCCAGUCAAGACUACUCCAAAUCGCAGAUACAAGAACUCGAAGAGCUUCUGGAGCGCACCAAGAAAGAGAAAGAAAAAGUUGAAGAAUGCUUGGAAGAGUCUGAAGAAAGAGCUAAGAAGACCACGGAGGAGCUGUCUAAGACCAUCACGCAGCUAACCGAUCGGUGUGAAGAGAUGAGAAAGGAGCUCAUAGAGAAAGAAGUCCUGAUAAAUGAGCAACGAAAAGAUCUUUCUCAGGAUAAAAACACCAUCAGUGACCUGGAGGAAAAACUAAGAGAGCAAGAAUACCUUGAGGCGGAGCUAGAAAAAGCAAGGAAGGAACUCUUCGAGCUAAAAUCACAGGACACUGACGAAGAAUUAAGCGAAGAAUAUGAGAAAUUAAAAGAGCAAUACCAAAAGCUGAUGGAUGAUAUAAAGAAAUUGAAAGACGAGAAGGAAGAUCUUUGUGAAAAGAAAGCAGACGUUGAAGAGGAGCUGGAAGAAAUGAAAGUCAAAUUCGAUAAAGGAAAAGAGAUGUACAACACCCUGUGUGAUGAAAACGAUGACCUGAAGAAAGACAACGAUGAUCUAGGGAAACAAGUCGACAAACUAAAGGAAGAAAUUAAAUAUCUUGGCGAUGAACUGAAAGAGGAAGAGGAUUUGCACAUCACUGAGAAAGAAAAACUGACAAGCAAGAACAAGGAAGUAGAAGACAAGAUCCGUCGAUUGGAGGGCGAAAUAUUGGAUUUGAAAGCCAAGUUGAGGAGAAAAGACAGUGAUGAGAACUGGAAGGAAAAGUUUGAUGAGUUAAAGCGAGAGAAGAAUUCCCUUCAAAUCGAGAAGCAACGACUGGAACGAAACUUGGAAAGAAACGAUGAUGAACACGAGCAAACUAAGACCAAGUAUAACAAGGUUCGACGUGAACUCACCGAUGCCCAAGGCGAGACUGCCAUGUUGCGCCGACAACUUUCGGAACUAAAGCUCACCAAGGACACAGGAGACCUGGAAAAGGAACUCGGGAAACUCAAGGAAACGCUAAGAAAGAAAGAAGAAGAACGCAAAAAACAUCUAGCUGAGCUUGAAGAGCUGAGGCGAUCUUUGUUUCGUCAGACGAGUGAAGAGGGUUGGCAGGAAAAGUUUGAAUCUCUGAAACUCAAACUAGACGAGGUUGAAGAUGAAAAGGAUUCCUUACAGAAGGAGAAGAAUAAUCUUCAAAAUGAUCUCCGAAAGGAUUCAGAAAAACUCGCAGAGCUGGAGAUAAAGCUGAGCCAGGCCAACAUGGAGAUAGAGGGGUUGAGCAAGGACUUCGACAAAUCACAUACAAGAAUCACUCAGCUGGAAAUCGAGCUCCAACGAUCCUCUAAACAGAAACAGCAGGCUGAAGAGCAAGCUAAAUGGAUCAAGAAGGAGCUCUUAACAAGAGAAGAGACAAUUAGUAAACUAGGAAAAGAACUGAAUGAGAAGAUGGAAGACAGUGACAAAGAUAACCAGAUAAUCAUGCUAGAGAGAGAGAUUCAACUCCUCCAAAGCAGAAUACCAGCCUCAGAGAAGGACGAAUCUGUUCUACACAAUCGCAUCCGGUUCCUGGAAGACAGUGUUAAAGAAGUGAAGGAAAAAUUCGAUGGGAAGACCGUCCAACUGGACAAAUGUGAGAAGGAAAAGGAGAGCCUCAGUGUUCAUGUUGUUGAACUGUCUAAAGAAAUUCAGGUCCUGUAUGAGCGAUAUCAGGCAAGUCGCACAGAAAUCGAGAAACUCCGAGCUGGUCUUGUUGUGGCACCGGAAAAGACACCGGAAACCACGUCACUUACCAUUGAUGUUGAAGGGAAACCUGAGGUGCAGCUAGGUGUAUUUGUACAAGAACGUGUUCGCAGCCGUGUUGUUACCCCCGGGCUUGGGCGUAGUACUUCCGAGCUUGAGAUUUCCAUCAGUCAGUUGCCAGGAACUGUUGUAAUCGGAGAGCCUGUUGGAGUCACUGUGGACUAUGGUUCAGAGGGAAACCCUCUGGUUAGUCACCCUGUGGAACUCACUGCAUCCGAACCAGAAGAUAACGAUGAGGAUAGUUUCUCUCACGAAAGUGACGAUGAAGAUGUUCCUCCUGUUGUUUACUCAGCCCCACAAGUCGAAAGUGCCCCACAAUUCAAUUUUACAUCCCCGUCUGCCGAUCCAGAGAGAAUUCUUGUAAGCGCCCAAGCCCUACCUAGGCCUCAGCUUCCUAAGAGUGUUGAUUCUGAAAGGUUCCCAUUUCUCAAGGCUUCCGGUGUGCGUCUCAGUGGAGGAGCCUUUCAACCGGUACCCAGCCGAAAUAUCAAUCUACCAGAGCAGACUCCCGAGGAAGAUCUAUUAGAUAAGGAGUUGGUGACCGAAGGACGAUUUAGGGCAUUCAGCAAAGAAGAUCAGUUCAAAUUAGAUGGUCUCUUACAUGCGCAUGCGCACCAUCACGACCCACCUGAUGUGUACAAUGAUGUAUACGAUCAGCCCCCAGAAAACGGUGUAGAAAAUAACAAAGGUUAUUAUCCUGAGGAGCUAAAUGCACGUGAAAAAGGAUGGACCGAACCCCCACCGUACGACUGGGAGGAACCACCACUGCAGGCCCCACGGGAGGCUUAUUCUUACCAGAGUGCCCCAGGUGGGGAGUAUCUUGACGACUUUGACGGUCAGAUGGAACGAUAUCCAGAUCCGUACCAGGUGCCACCACGGAAACCGGAGAGUUCCUACAAAAGGAGAAUAAUUGGAGUCUAUGACAAUGACGGUACGCUCAUCGGGUAUCAAGACGUCUAUGAAGAAAUAACUGAUGAAUACGCAGAGGAAAUUAACGGGGGAGUUAUACCGUACCCGGAACCCUAUGAACACAGGGGGCUGUCACACCCAUAUGAACCUGAGCAACGCCCUCCUAUGAAAAUUCCCUACGCAAUUGAUACAAGAGGACCUGAGGAAGAUGAAUCAGUAUUUUACGAAUACGACAUCAAUCGAAACGCAACCAAAGACCAAUGGUUCAGCCCUCAGCCAGAAGAACGAUUUCAAGAUAACAGAAAACACACCAAAGAAAGUAACAAAACCCAUAGACAAGGCUACCCCGAACCGUACGAAUAUCUGAAUGGACAUGGAGUACGCAGGAACAGGCCAGCCAUGGCAAGCAGCCAGUAUGCCAGCGGCACUUAUCUGUAAGUUAGUUGGAUUAGAACUGGAACAAUUCUUGAACGCUGUAGGUCAUCACUAUCUCAGUUUCGUCAUGCUGUGGACUCUUUUCUCAGUAAAUCGUAGGUAAAAACAUACCUGAACUAAUGAUUUGGUCUAAUUAAGCUAAUACAGAGCUUUUUCGUAUUGUCGAGGGAACAAUUGUCAGACGGCUACAAAAAUGAAUAAAAUUUUUUUACCCUUUUAUUUGAAGAUAAGCUGUUCUGCUCUUCGAUAUGAAAUUAAGUUUUUUGACCAUUUUUAUCAAGGCAAACGCCUCUUGAAAUUUUAAAAAUUGUUUAUUGUGAAACAGUUCUAUUCUUCAUCUUGUUGUCAUGUACGCAUCUUAAUUUCGCCAUCGCUGAAGCAUACACCUCUCAAUUUUUAGCUUGUUAUUGCUUCGUUCAAGGUUUGAAAUGGCAUUCACUCUGGAGAUAUAAGUUGCAACUUUUAAUUAUUCAUUCAUAAAGGCAAUUUUUGUUAUUAAGGACAAUGAAGACUUCAUGACGAGAUUUUAACAAAAUCUUCACAGGUCCAGAGUAAAAUAGUGAGCGAUUAAUUAGUUGAGGCAAUAGUUCAAUAUCCAGUUGACAGUAUAAUGAUACUUCUGAAGGCAGAGUAUGCUGGUACAGAGUGAAAUGAAAAAAAAACUUUUAACCGAUAUUAGCAAGCAGUUUAUUGUUAAGAGUAUUAUUUUACAAAAUUAUAUUUUACGUAAUAAAUUUACGGGAAAUUUUUUGUA